AUGAAUUCAAUCCAGAUUCCUCCUACUGUGCAAGCUACAAAUAAUUUAGCAAACACACCACCUUCAUUCAGAGACAUGCUCAAUGGAGCAAGAACAAACGGAUUAAGUCCCACACAAGAUAAUUAUUUGAUGGAUGAUGAUGAUGUCUCUGAUGAUGAUUUGGCACCGGAAGAUAUGAUGGAAGAUGAACGCUGCCCAGUUAUCCUGCUAUCUAAAGACGAAAAACGAAGAAUGAGAAAACCCUGGCGCAAUUCACUGAUCAUCAAAAUGUUUGAUGGUAAAGUGGGUUAUAUGGGACUCAUGAGAAAGCUCAAGAGAAAAUGGAGUCUCAAAGGAGAGCUUGCGCUAACUGAUAUUGGUUGCAGAUAUUACAUAGCAAGAUUCACAAAUACAGAAGACUAUAAUUUUGUCUUAGCUCAAGGACCCUGGAUGAUAGAUGAUUGUUAUCUAACAAUUAGAAAAUGGGUCCCAAACUUUGUUCCUGAUGAGUCGCCUCUGAAAGUUCUUACAGCUUGGGUAAGGAUCCCAAAUCUCUCGGUUGAAUACUUUGAUACCCAGUUCCUUCAUAAGGUAGGCUCAAAAAUAGGGAAGGUUCUUCGUGUGGACCGUACAACUGCUCAAGCAGACCGAGGUCAAUUCACACGAAUAAGUGUGGAGAUAGACCUUACAAAACCUCUUCUAUCCAAGUUCUGGCUCAAAGGAAAAAUCUGGAAGGUCCAAUAUGAAGGUAUCAAACUCAUUUGUUAUAAAUGUGGUAUGAUGGGACAUUCUACAGACAAUUGUAAACAACAUCAAGAACAUCCAUGUCCCAACACGGACCUAGAAAAUUUUGUGGAUAAUCCUAAUCCUAUGACAAAAUCAAGCCCAUCACACAAACCAUAA